AUGGCUGAUUUUCUUCACGCCCGAUGUUUGGCCCCACUCAAAUCUUUACAAGCGAAUUCUGGAUCUGAUCGAUCAGCGAAUCUUGAUUUCUAUAAGAAUGUUUGGGCCUUGAAGGGAUGUGUUGCAAACAUUCUCUGUCCCAAACUUCCUGCAUCAGCGAAAGACUUCACCCGUCAGGGAUCGCGACAACAAUGGGGUUGGAAUGGAAGCGAAUUUCGGAAUUGGUCCAAUACAGUGACGAUGAAGCCAUUAGUGACAGCUUUCCCAAAAGAUAAAGAAGAAGUUAAAGAAAUCAUGAAAAAAGCAAAUAGCAAUAAAUCAAAAGUAAACCAUAAAGACAGAAAAGCAAAUUGUUUAAAGUUGAUUCGAGUGCAGAGUGGAAUGACUUUUUGUCAACUGAAUGAAGCCCUCGCUGAAAACGGUUUGGGAUUCCCAGUUCUUCCCUCGAUUUCUGAUCCUUCCGUCGGAGGAGUUCUUGCGACGGCAAUCCACGGAACUGGAGCCGACAUUCCGUCUCUUUCUGCUUACGUGGAGUCUUUCGAAUUGAUGACCCCAACUGGAGAAACAUUGGAAUGUUCAGAAACUCAAAACAAGGAUCUUUUCAAUGCUGGAAGAUGUCACCUCGGUGCUCUGGGAUUCAUAUCAGAAGUAACAUUUAGAGUCAACACAGAAUUCAAAUUGAGAGCACUUCAACAAAUGGAUGAUUUAGAUUACGUUCUUCGUCAUUUACAAGGAAUCAUGACAUCCGCUCAAUACACUCGCUUCUGGUGGAUCCCACAUACAAAUAAAGUGAUUAUGUGGAGAGCUGCGGUUGCUCCAAUACAAACUCCCAAUAAAAGAGCCAAUGAUUGGAUUCAUCGACAAAAUCGAUUUUUUAAUCAUUGUUAUGAAGUCCUUCUUUUAUCCGCGCUCUACCUCAAUCGAAUAACAAAAUGGACGAAUAACGUAUGCGUUUCUGUGUCCCAAUCUGAUUGUUAUUUUUCUCUAGUUUAUAGCGAAGUUUAUUCUUUCGGGCAAUAUGUUGAUGAAUGGAUGCUUCCUGCGUCUCAAUUACCAACAUUGAUGCGACGAAUGAGAAGAUGCUUAGAGAAGCAUCCAGAAUGGGCUGCUGAUUUUCCAGUAGAAGUCAGAUUUCAAAAGGCUGAUAACAUUUGGUUGAGUCCAUGCUAUAAGGAACAAUCAAAUGUUGAGACAGCUGAAGAUCCAUUGGAGAAUGUUUUUGCGUGUGUUGGCAUUAUCGCUUAUCGUCCAUUUGAGCUUGAGCCACCAGCGCAUUGGAGGGAGUGGUUUGCAGCUUUCGAAGACAUGGUGUUCGAAUUAGGUGAGCGACGAGAACGUACUUGA